GACCACAGGUAACCAACUGAUUCUAAGUCACUGUAAGUACCGGAAAAUAUGGCCAGCACAGCGGUCCAGCUCCUGGGUUUCUUGCUCAGCUUCUUGGGGAUGGUUGGGACCUUGAUCACCACCAUCUUGCCUCAUUGGAGAAGAACAGCUCAUGUAGGGACCAACAUUUUAACAGCUGUGUCCUAUCUAAAGGGACUUUGGAUGGAAUGUGUUUGGCACAGUACUGGCAUUUAUCAGUGCCAGAUCUACCGGUCUCUGUUGGCCCUGCCCCGUGACCUACAGGCAGCUCGAGCCUUGAUGGUCAUCUCCUGCCUGCUCUCGGUCAUGGCUUCAACUUGUGCUGUCAUUGGCAUGAAGUGUACUCAGUGUGCUAAAGGAACCUCCGCCAAGAACAACUUUGCUGUCUCUGGGGGGGUCCUCUUUAUCUUGGCAGGUCUACUAUGCAUGGUGGCUGUCUCCUGGACAACCAAUGAUGUGGUAGAAAAUUUCUACAACCCACUGCUACCAACCAGCAUGAAAUAUGAGCUUGGGCAAGCCUUGUAUCUGGGAUUCAUUUCCUCAUCGCUGUCUCUUAUUGGUGGGACUCUACUCUGCAUGUCAUGCCAGGAAGAUGAGCUGUAUUCAGAUUAUCAGACACAGUCCAGAAUGGGGACAACGGCACCUCCAUACCAGCCUCCCACUGCUUACAAGGACAACCGUGUUCCCUCCGUGGCAUCAGCUUCCCACAGUGGUUAUAGACUGAAUGACUAUGUGUGAGUUCCUAGAGAUUUUCCAGGGGGUCUUUGCUGCUUAGCUGCAUGUCUUCCUAUGAGAUAUGCAGGUCUCGUGACUUUUAAUUUAUGGAACAUUCUUAGCACAAAAUUUAUGGCUGACUGUACAAUUUUUGAAUAUGAAGGAAAAAUGGGAACAUGUUUUGAAGAUGAAAAAGAACAAAGAAACAGGGGGAAGAGGAGAAAUCUGUAACCUACCAAAGACUACAACACUUCUUAUAUAUUUAAUGUAGGUAUUUAUGUUGGAAAUUCAAUAAUAUAUCUAAUAAAAAAAACUUGAAAAUUUACCUCAUCCAAGUUCAGUUUUCAAAAAGCUUUUGUACAGCAUUAAAUGAUAUUUUCUUAGCCAGAUUAUGGCCCUGCCACCCAUUGAGGCAGCCAGUCAAUUUGUAAGCUAUAACUUUUUGUCUUAAAGAUUUCUAAGUAGAUAUGGAAUUGCUCAUUUGUACAGUUCUUUAUUGGGGGGGGAAAGCAGCUGUCAAUAGAUACUGGAUUUAUGGGAAUUAAUGCAAAAUUUAGGUGAAAAAUUUAAGUUAGCAUGAAUUUAUUCCAAUGUUUUUCCAAAAAAGUGAUCCAAUAAUUAAAAUACUUGCUUUAAUUGGUCUAAAAUCAGUGUGAGCUCAAGAAAUAAUAUUCUGCUACUAAUAAGUUAUUUUCUUAAGGUAGUCUUUUCUUAUCCAUAAAUAAAGGUAUCUAUAAAGAAGUGUAUCCAAAAAAAAAAAAAAGAAGAAGA